CACAGGAGCAUCGUAGAGUAAGCAUCAAGUUGCAGAAUGGCAUUUCUAAAGAUCGUUGCUGUUACAAUCGCAUUAUUGCAUUACGUCUCAGCUAAAGGAAAUAGAGGCGGACUAGGAGGUCCUGCAGGACUUUCUGGAGGAUUAGGAGGUCUUGGUGGCGGAGUCGGAGGAGGUCUUGGAGGUGGCCUCGGUGGAGGUCUUGGUGGUGGUCUUGGUGGCUCAGGAGGGAUUGGAGGUAGCUAUGGCGGAGGAUUAGGAGGAGCUGGUGGAGGUCUUGGAGGCGGUUACGGAGGCGCUGGAGGCAGUCUUGGAGGUGGAUACAGUGGCCCUGGAGGAAGUCUUGGAGGUGGAUAUGGAGGAGCUGGAGGAAGUCUUGGAGGCGUAUUUGGUGGAAUUGGUGGAGGUCUUGGCGGUGGAAUGGGAGGUGGAUCAGGAGGAAUCAGCGAACCGAGGCCCUACACUACAAGCUUCCAAGCUCCUGAUGGACAAGGUGGCUCAUCUUUCAGAACCGAAGAAGGAGACGGCAAUGGCAAUGUCAGAGGCAGUUACGGAUACAGAGAUGCCCAAGGACUUUACCGAAUGGUUGAGUAUUCAGCCGGAGCUGCCGGAUUCUCUGCAACCGUCAACACCAAUGAACCUGGAGUCGAUGGAAAGGAAAACCCCGCUGACGUCAUCAUGAAUGUUGAAAAAACACCCGCUGGAAUCCAAGAACGAUACACAAGACCAGCAGGAUCCAGAGCUGGUGGUCGAGGUUAUGGAGCUGGUGGUCGAGUUGGAGGUGCAGGCGGAAUGGGUGGAGGAAUGAGUGGACUUGGAGGCGGAAUGGGAAGAAUGAGUGGAAUGGGAGGAGGAAUGGGUGGAAUGGGAGGAGGAAUUGGAGGAAUGGGUGGAAUGGGAGGAGGAAUGGGAGGAAUGAGUGGAAUCGGAGGAGGAAUGGGAGGAAUGGGUGGAAUGGGAGGAAUGAGUGGAAUCGGAGGAAGAAUGGGAGGAAUGGGUGGAAUGGGAGGAAUGAGUGGAAUCGGAGGAAGAAUGGGAGGAAGCGGUGGAAUCGGAGGAGGAAUGGGAGGAAUUGGAGGAGGAAUGGGAGGAAUUGGUGGAGGAAGGAGCUCCAAUCUAUUUGCAGGCCUCUCUCGAGGAGGAAUGGGAGCUCGAAGCGGUAAAAGUGGGUACUAAAUAUUUUACAAAUAUCUAAUGGAUCCUCAUAUUGCGAUCUCGCUUGGCCAAAGGUGUUCCGUAAGGAAUCGGAAAUCCACAAUUAGAUUAGAAUUUUGCUUUUCGGUGAACAAUGGUGAGGGAUACUGUAUUAAAAUUGGGAUCUCAGUGAUAGGUGUCUUGCACAAUCAAAAGAUUAUUAAAUUAUACUCAGGCAACUUUUUUUACUUUUGCAUAACAUUCAGUUUAGUUAAUAAACUUAGCUUCUCAGGAAACAAUCUAUGAGCUGAUAACUCACUUUAUUACAAACUAAUAGUUUAUAAGUGAGAAAUGUUGCCUGUUUCUCUGAUUGUUCACUGAAAUUUCGUCUGAAUUUGUGAAUCGAAUGUAAGCAUCUAUGUACGUGAUGUGUUCAGCACAAAAGACAAAAUUUUGAGUGGAUAUAUAUCAGAAGACAACGUCUUAUAUGUGCCAGUGUUUUAUGUAAUUAUUUGUAUUGUGUGUAUUACGAUUUGCUAUGUGAACUGCUCAUAUUUUGUGGGAUCUAUUUUGCAAUUUAUUUUGUAUGUAUCUGUCC